GGGUAAUGUAAAUAUGGAGAUGUGGCAGCUCUAAGACCAACAACUGAUAUAAAGAAGAGCCAGUAAGUGCAGGUACCCGGGUAUUUCAGUUUGGGUUUGGCAUUCUGCUGAUGACUCUGGCAUAAGUAGCAGAUCAUUUGGAUUCAUGUCACAUGACUGCAGCUAAUCCAGUGCAGUCAGAAGAAUGUAAUUGAAUGGCAGAUUGCAGGGCUGCACUAGUUUCUAUACAGCCAUGCAGAAUGAGUUUUUUCCCCUCGAUAUGUCCAAUUGGCUGCCUCGUUAGCGUCCCGAUCCAAUAGAUGUUUGUGAUUAAAUCCAAGAUGUUGGAGGCAAGUGCUUAUUGGGCUGAGCUGCGCUCUCUGGGCAGGAGCCAAUGUAACCCCAGCUGCCGCCACCAACGCAAAUGGGUAUCUCCAAAGGUCUCGGCCCCCUUGGGGUGCAUGUGAACACAGAAGAAGGAGUUUCAUUUCAGACAGACAACGAGAUGUUCUGGAGUUCUUGUUGUAAUGGGACAAAGUACAGGAUCGUGGCCCGGGAGAACAAAGAUCUUACUAGCAAGUUUCACAUCUCCCUGCUGCACAAUGGGCAAAUCCUGCUGCGAGAUUUCCGAGACAUGUAUGUAAGCUGCACAGAGAGUGGCGGGGUCGCCUAUUUAGAGAUGGACAAGUGCACCCCGGACCUCCUCUGUGAGUUUGAGGUGUUUCAUGAUGGUGAGAAAGUGAUCCUCAAAGCUUCCAAUGGGCUCUUUGUGUGCCGACACUUCCAUCAUCAUGGUGAUUACAUUGAGGCCAGCCGCCCUGGCAUGGAGGAAUGCUGCCGGUUCCGCACAGGGAUGGGGGAUUCCUACCCUCCGUCAUUUGAUAUCUCGCUUGUAGAGCCAGGAGAUGUCUCCAAACUGAGCUGCCGUCCAUGUGUUCUUAAAAAAGAGUCUUUUGUCAACAAGACAGAUGUGCCCCAAACCCACUCCUUCAACCUCAGCUGGGAGACAAGGACCACCGAGACGACUCAUUGGGAAAGUACUUGGGGCCUGAACUCCACAUCUUCCGCCACCUUUUCUCUCCUGGCUUUCCAAGCCAUGGUUACCUACAAUGGCACUUUCCAGAAGAUGGCCUCCACCCACCGGUCAAUAGUAGAGAAACGGAGCAUCACCGUGGUGGUCCCUGAGCACAGCAAAGUCACUGCGGAGUUGGUGGUGUCAAAGAUGGACAACGCCACUGUCCCCUUCACCGCUUCCAUCCGCAAGACCAAAGUUGAUGGGGAAACGCUAGAACUGACGGAAAAAGGCGUGUGGAAAGGGCUUGUGUAUGACAGUGUCACCCUGGAAACCAAGCAAGAGCCUGAGGGGGACGAGGAGAAUUCCUGCCACAUCUUGUAAUCAUAGGGCUAUUGUAUAAAUGCCCCACAGGCCUGUCCAUUAUCUUUUCUUGUAUCUGGAGCUGUGAUACCAGUGCUGCUUGCCUAUGUUAGAGAUGGGGGUACUGUCUAGUUAAUCAGUCCAGUUCUGCAGCCACUAGCCCAAGAGCAAAGUGACUAUUGAGUUGCACAAUGGGGAAAAAAUAUAUUUUCAAAAAUAAAUUGCAAUGUGCAUUAAACCUC